AUGCACGCAGCACCGACGGGUCUGUUAUUUGCCAUUUAUUACCCUGUCAUCGCGGCUAUUGGUGUUCCAGCUAACUUAGCAGUGAUCUUGAUCCUGUCCCGAAAAGCAUGUGGUCUCCCUGGCUGCAUCAUUUACUACCUAGUGUCUAUGGCAGUCGCAGAUUUACUGGUCAUUAUCACCGCUGUGAUAUUAAACCGGAUCUCUGGCAUAUAUUUUCCUAACAGUUUACUGUCCAUCACUCCGUUAUGCAGUCUUCGUUCUGUCUUGAACUAUGGAACAUUCAGCAUGUCAGUAUGGUUAACUGUCGCUUUCACCUUUGAUCGAUUUGUGGCCAUUUGUUGUCAAAAUUUCAAAAUUAAAUAUUGCACCAAAAGAAAGGCGUGGCACGUGAUAGCAAUCGUCUACACACUGAGCUGUUUGGUAAAUGCAUUCUUAUAUUUUAUUUACGAACCAGUGUACAUAGCCAAAAACAGGCCUUGGUUCUGCAGCAUAAAAUCAAUAUUUUAUACGUCACUUGCAUGGGCCACAUAUGAUUGGAUUCUUACCAUUUUAACGCCUUGUCUCCCCUUUAUUCUGAUUUUACUGCUCAAUGCACUGACUGUUAAACAUAUUCUAACAGCAAAUAGAGCCCGAAAGAGACUCCGAAUUCAGGACAAUGUCCAAAAUCAGAGUGACCCUGAGAUCGAGAAGAGAAAGAAGUCCAUUGUUUUACUCUUUAGCGUCUCUGGAAGCUUCAUCUUGUUGUAUUUGCUGUUUUUUGUAACAGUUGUCUAUGUCCGAAUUGCGGAUAUUACUUAUUUCUCAGGUUCAAAUUUCAAUGAUUCUAACUUUAUUCUGGAGGAAAGUGGAUUCAUGCUGCAGUUGCUCAGUUCUUGCAUAAACCCUUUUACUUAUGCAGGAAUACAGCGUAAAGUCAGGGAUGAAUUAAAGAAUGGAGCGAAAUAUCCAAGCGCAUGCGAACGUGAAAACCGUACUGUAAAUGAAAACAACAACUACAGAUGUCAAAGUAAAGACGGAGCUGCCGAGCAACUGGAAAAUACACUAAUGCGUAAAUAUUUUGACAGUGAUUAA